UCGAGGCGCCAUGGCGGCUGCGAGCGCUGCGGCGGCGGCCCGUGUGCGGGGGGCUCCUCCCGGCUGGCGCGCCGAGCCGCAGCGUGACGCUUAAAAAUAGUUACGGCCUCUCGGGACACCCGUCUCUUAAUGUGCCAUUGUGAUACAUCUUUCUCAAACAUGCUUGCAGUGCAGCCGCCACCCCGCAGAGCUGACAUUCUGAGUACCCCAAGGCAGAUAAAAAGACGGGUGGAGAUACAAAGAUGAAGAGUCUAGUCUAAGUUAUAUAAUUGCUUUAGUGGUAGAACUGGAAAUAAUUUCUGGCUUUCUUGAUUCCUAAUGCUAGUCAGUUUUGAAGACCGUUCUACUUGACACAGAGGUUAAGAUGGUGGCAUCCUUAACACGAUAAUGGUAGGACAUACUCUUUCAGGCCUACCUCAGAAGGCUGAAGUUAUUACUUCUCAUUGUUGAUACCGUCAGUCAGCUGGUAGUUAAAGCCCUAGAUGCAACAAAACUGGAAUUUGCAUGAAGUGAUUAAUUUCCAUCAUGAUUUCACAGUGUUCACAGAAACUAUUAAAGCUUGCAAAUCUCCAGAGUCUAAAAUUUCAGUAUUUAAGAAAGCACAGAAGAGCUUUCAGCACCAAGUCACUGCAUACAUGUCGUAGGAGGGUAGUUGUUACAGGUAUUGGCUUAGUGUCUCCUCUUGGUGUGGGGACUCAGUUUGUGUGGAACCGCCUUCUCCAAGGAGACAGUGGGAUUGCAUCACUAGAUGAAGAAGAAUAUGCACGCGUUCCCUGUAAAGUGGCUGCUUGUGUGCCAAGGGGAAAUAAGGAGGGUCAGUUCAGUGAAGAAAGCUUUGUAUCAAAAUCAGAGAUCAAAUCCAUGAGUUCUGCUACUGUCAUGGCAAUUGGUGCAGCAGAGCUUGCAAUAAAAGACUCUGGUUGGUCUCCACAGUCUGAACAGGACCGCUUAACAGCUGGUGUGGCAAUUGGAAUGGGAAUGGUUCCACUGGAAGAGAUUUCUGAUACAGCCUUUUUAUUUAAAACAAAGGGUUAUAACAAGGUCAGCCCAUUCUUUGUGCCAAAGAUUUUAGUUAAUAUGGCAGCAGGUCAGAUCAGCAUUAAAUACCAACUGAAGGGGCCAAAUCACGCUGUGUCUACUGCUUGUACCACAGGAGCACAUGCUGUUGGAGACUCUUUUAGAUUUAUUGCCUCUGGUGAUGCUGAUGUGAUGUUGGCUGGAGGGACUGAGGCUUGUAUUAGUCCCUUGGCCUUGGCUGGAUUUGCAAGAGCUCGGGCCCUCAGCACUGGUUUUAACUCAAACCCUAAAAUGGCAUGUCGACCAUUCGAUUCACAGAGAGAAGGGUUUGUAAUGGGAGAGGGUGCAGCAGUGCUGCUGUUGGAAGAAUAUGAACACGCUGUACAAAGAGGGGCUAGGAUCUAUGCAGAAGUUUUAGGUUACGGACUGUCUGGUGAUGCUUGCCACAUAACAGCACCUAAUCCAGAGGGAGAUGGUGCAUUCAGAUGUAUGUCUGCAGCAAUAAAAGAUUCUGGAAUCAAACCUGAAGAUAUAACAUAUGUCAAUGCACAUGCAACUUCUACACCUCUAGGAGAUGCUGCUGAAAAUCAGGCAAUCAAGAGACUUUUUAAAGAUCAUGCACGUAAUAUUGCGGUUUCCUCCACGAAAGGAGCAACCGGACAUCUCUUGGGCGCUGCAGGAGCUAUUGAAGCAGCUUUUACAGCACUGUCCUGUUACCAUGGAAUUUUGCCACCUACUCUAAACUUAGAGAAAACAGAGGCAGAGUUUGAUCUCAAUUAUGUUCCACUAACAGCUCAGGAGUGGAAAACUGAAAAACGGCGUAUUGCACUCACAAAUUCAUUUGGCUUUGGUGGUACUAAUGCAACUUUGUGCUUUGCAAAUGUUUAACUUAUACUGUAUGUGAGAAAAGUGAAUUUUUAUGUAAAUUUUUAUAGCGCUAUGAAGAAUGACACUGAUAAUGAUUUUGUGUACUGCCACAUUUUGUGUAUACUAUGCAAUCUUUUUCAUUUUUUGCAGCUUUGAGACUUACUCAUUUCCUACAUAAGGACUUUACUCACUGUCAUAUUUACAUAAGUAAUUAUUUUAAGAAGAGGGAAUUUCCUUUACUAUUUUUAAUAAAAAUAAAUAAAAGACCUAUUCUUUAUGUGAUAAAGAAGUUUUUGUUUUUGACUAGAAGAGGAGAACUGAAGAAAUUAAUCUGAAUAACAUUAUUUUGUGAGAAGUGGAUCAAAUAAUGAUAAACACUGUAUUUGAAUUACUGCGUUUCUCACUACUGUAUCUCUUGAUGCCAUCAUUUUUGGGGCCAAACAACUUUAAGUGAACUAUGAGUUGCUUAUACAAUGCACACAAAAAUUUUCAUAUGUGGAUUUUCUUUAAUGCCUUUUUGUCCUUUCGUUUUUCUAAAUUUUCCUACAAUAUUCUUUUCAGCACUCAGGAUGGAGUACCACUUGGCAAUAUAUAUGAGUAUCAAUUCCAUUUAGUGAAAGGAGGAAUGGAUGUUCAUGCUUUUGGUAGGUUCUCAUCUCAUCUCAUAGCCUACAGACUGCCAGAGUGGGUCAAGUAUCUGCUCUUUUUCAGCAUUCUGUUUACAGCACAUGUUGUCUGUGCCAAGCAUUGGAGUGGGAAGUACUGAGUCUUAAAAAGAGAGACUGUUGCUUAUCAGCAGUUUUUUUUUUGUUUGUUUGUUUUUGUUUUUUUGUCAGGAGUUCUGAUGUUGGUGUGACGAGGGAAUACCUUUCAGGCAAAAAUUGUCCUAUCAGUGCAGGUAACAGUGGAGAUUGGUACUUUUUUCUCCCAUUUUGGCUGGCAAAAGGUCUUGUGCAGUGCCUUCUGUAUGCCCUCUGUAGUACAAGCUAUUUGUCAGUCUCAUGUAUAGAGUAUAAUUGUAGCCUCCAUUUUUAUUUUAAUUUACCAUUUCAAUUCUAGUUGGCCAUGUCAAAAAUGUC